UAUAUAUUUGUCAUUUCAGAAUAAAAUAGAGGGAUUGUAUGAUGUGGUUUCUUUGCACACAUUUGCGUACAUGACAACUAAUUUUGUGCACAACACCAACGUACACGUGAACAUAUAUGUAGCAUACAAAUAAAACUGGCAAAUGUUGCAAUUUUUGAUAUACUGAAGUGAAAUAAUGUCUGCAAUAAAAAGAUUCUUCGAGAAGAAAAAACUUGAUAGCAAGUUUAAGCAAGCUGGCUCUGGUCAUAAAUUAACAGAAGAAAGAAAACUACCAACUAGCAGCAGUUCUAGUAAAACUGACACACGCAAGCCCCAGACAAGCAGUGCUGCCCGUGCUGGUGAAGCAGCUCUGGCAAGGUUACAGCAAAAAGAACCAGUAAAAAAACCAACCUCAACAACUGCUACUUGGAAACACAAAACUGAAUCUCAAGGUGGAGCCACAGCUAUAGAUUAUGAGCAUAUGAAAAAAGACUUUACUGCGCAAGCAGCCAAGCAAAAUCAGUCUACUCCACACCAUUUGAGACAGGAUGGUAGCAUGGCAGUCAAGUCAAAUACAUUGGCUGUAGAUGGAGUAACGUUUUUGUGCCCAAUAUGUCCAGCUAGUUUACCAAAACCAGACAUUUACAAUCACUUGGCAAACUGCCUAAAAAACGAGCUCGACACCGAACCAUUGAUGAUUUCUGUUACCAUGAUACACACAUUAAAUCGAGACCGCAAUGCUGUUGAAAAUUGUAUUCACGUGCUUGGAAAAUAUCUACAAAACAUUAUUGAUCAUCAAGAUGAAGAAAAGUAUCGAAAGAUACGGAAAACGAACAAGGUGUUUUCUGAAAAAGUGGGUUGUUUAGCUGGCGUUCCAGAGUUUUUGUUGAAGGGUGUUGGUUUUCACUUGGAAACUCUUCCAUUUGCGGUAAAUGGAGAAACAUCAGAUCACGAUUUUUAUGUUUUGGAUGAAAAUUUGGGCAAAGAUCAAGAACAAUUAGUUGCUGCCAAGCAAAUGCUAAUGGAUGCUGAACCGUUGGAGAUUAGUCUUGAUCGAAACUUGAAAGUUUUUGAGCCAUCUUCAAGUGGUAAUCAUAUUGAAGUCCCUGCAUCAUUUUAUUCAGUAACAUCGUCCGAGCUUAAGCGUGAACAAGCUAAUCGCUCUGAAGAAAUCGAAAGGUCUAAACAACUACGAACAAAAGCUAUGAGAGAUGAAGACAAAAGCACAAAUAAACUGGGAAAUCGAGCUAAUUAUAAACAUACUGUACUUAGAAUACGAUUUCCUGAUGGUGUUCUGUUGCAAGGUACCUUUUCGAGUUCAGAAUCAAUAAACGAUGUUAAAAAUUUUGUUCGAGAGAAUUUAAUGUUAGAUUGGUUGCCCUUUUCGAUCAAUGAUGCCAUUGGUCGAACUUAUUCUUCUGAAACAGCUAGUUUGAGCAGUUUAAAACUUACACCAGCGGCCUUGGUGACCUUUUUUAUUGAUGAUACAGUUAAAGCUGACGUUGCUAGUUCUUCACCAGAUGGUAAACUACAGUUCCUCAAGGAUGAAGCUUUAAUUUUAAUGCAAACCUUGACAAUUUAAAUCAUUGGUGUUUUUCUUAUUGAUAUAUUUUUUUAAUUAGGAGAGUAAAUUAUAAUAUUCAAGGUGUGGAACAUUUAUGGGUUUCUUGAAUUCAUGUUACUUCUAUCAUUCCUUAUAUUUAACAAGCCAGACUAGGACUUUUAUGAAUAGAUUCCGAAAGAGUUUCUAAGGUCUUUUCUUCGAAUAAGGUGGAGUGAAGUUCGUUUUAAACAUCCAAAUUCCUUAUAACUAAGGUUAUUUUUUUCUUAAAGUCCUCGAGACAUUCCUUAAAAUUUUAAUAUGGGUUUUGGUUCCGUCUGAAAAUGUUCAAUGUACACAAAACAAUGUGUGAAUGUCUUUGUUGUGGUAUUGUGUAGCAUUGUUUUUGUAACAACAUUAACCCCCUGGGUAUUGAUCGAUUCAUCUUUGUUUUUAUUUCUCAUUAAAAUCCUACUGGAUUUUAGAUGCAUUGCAAGAUUUAGUUGCAGUGAAACGAAAGAGUUCUUACAGAAAUAUUUUUUACAAGCUUUUUUGUUUAAAGAAAACAUGACAUAUUGUUAAAAUUUGUUAUUUAUUAAAAGCUUUUUUACGUUAGGCGUAGUUUGUGUGCUGUACAUAAGAUUAAAAAUAUAAACAAGUAUCCAUCA